AUGGCGGACCCCGCGGGCGGCGUGCAGGGCUCCCUGCUGCAGCUGCAGGAGUCCUUGUCCGCCGCGGACCGUUGCGGCGCCGCGUUGGCCAGUCACCAGCUGAUUCGGGGCCUGGGGCAGGAGUGCGUGCUGAGCGCCGGCCCCGCCGUGCUGGCAUUACAGACUUCCUUAGUCUUUUCCAAAGAUUUCGGAUUGCUUGUAUUUGUUCGGAAAUCACUUAGCAUUGACGAGUUUCGUGAUUGUCGAGAAGAAGUCCUAAAAUUUUUAUGUAUUUUCUUAGAAAAAAUUGGCCAGAAGAUCACACCUUAUUCUCUUGAUAUUAAGAACACUUGUACCAGUGUUUAUACAAAGGAUAAAGCUGCUAAGUGUAAGAUUCCAGCCCUAGAACUUCUUAUUAAGUUACUUCAGACUUUGAGAAGUUCUAGACUCAUGGAUGAAUUUAGAGUUGGGGAAUUAUUUAGCAAAUUCUAUGGAGAACUUGCAUUGAAAACAAAAAUACCAGAUACAGUUUUAGAAAAAAUAUAUGAGCUCUUAGGAGUAUUAGGGGAAGUUCAUCCUACUGAGAUGAUAAAUAAUUCAGAGAAACUUUUCCGAGCUUUUCUGGGUGAGCUUAAGACCCAGAUGACAUCAACAGUAAGAGAGCCCAAACUACCUGUUGUAGCAGGAUGUUUGAAGGGAUUGUCAUCACUUAUGUGCAACUUCACUAAAUCCAUGGAAGAAGAUCCCCAGACUUCAAGGGAGAUUUUUGAUUUUGCAUUAAAGGCAAUUCAUCCUCAGGUUGAUCUGAAGAGAUAUGCAGUGCCCUUAGCUGGCUUAUCCUUAUUUACCCUGCACGCAUCUCAAUUUAGCACCUGCCUUCUGGACAACUACGUUUCUUUAUUUGAAAUAAUGUCAAAAUGGUGUAGCCACACAAACGUAGAAUUGAAAAAAGCUGCACAUUCAGCUCUGGACUCUUUUCUGAAACAGGUUUCUUUCCUGGUGGCAAAAGAUGCAGAAAUGCAUAAAAAUAAGCUGCAGUACUUUAUGGAACAAUUCUAUGGAAUCAUCAGGAACAUGGAUUCAAGCAGCAAGGAUUUAUCCAUUGCGAUUCGUGGAUAUGGACUUUUUGCAGGACCUUGCAAGGUCAUAAAUGCAAAAGAUGUUGACCUCAUGUAUGUAGAGCUCAUUCAGCGCUGCAAGCAACUGUUCCUCACCCAGAUGGAUACUAUUGAAGAUCACAUUUACCAAAUGCCAAGCUUCCUCCAGUCUAUUGCAAGUGUCUUGCUUUACCUGGACACAGUCCCUGAGGUGUAUACUUCAGUUCUGGAACAUCUCCUGGUGAUUCAGAUAGACAGUUUCCCACAGUAUAGUCCAAAAAUGCAGUUGCUAUGUUGUAAAGCCAUAGUGAAAGUUUUCCUAGCCUUAGCAGAAAAAGGACCAGUUCACUGGAAUUGCAUUAAUACUGUGGUGCAUCAGAGUUUAAUCAGAAUAUGUUCUAAAGCAGUGAUCUUUCAAAAGGGUGCUGAGUCUGAAUUGGAAGACCAUCGUGCAUCGGGAGAAGUUAGAACUGGCAAAUGGAAAGUACCCACAUACAAAGACUAUUUGGAUCUUUUUAGAAAUCUUCUGAACUGUGACCAGAUAAUGGAUUCUGUUUUAGCAGAUGAAGCGUUUUUCUUUGUGAAUUCCUCCCUUCAAAGACUGAAUCGCUUGCUAUAUGAUGAAUUUGUAAAGUCUGUUUUGAAGAUUAUUGACAAAUUGGAUCUUACACUAAAAAAACAGAAUGUUGGAGAACAAGAGGAUGAAAAUGAAUCCGCUGGUGUUUGGGUGAUUCCGACUUCAGAUCCAGCAGCUAAUUUGUAUCCUGCUAAACCUAAAGAUUUUUCAGCUUUCAUUAACCUGGUGGAAUUUUGCAGAGAGAUUCUUCCUGAGAAACAUGUAGAAUUUUUUGAGCCCUGGCUAUACUCAUUUGCAUAUGAAUUAAUAUGUCAUUGUACACGGUCGCCACUCAUUAGUGGUUUCUACAAGUUGCUUUCUAUUGCUGUGAGUAAUGCGAAGAAAAUAAAGUAUUUUGAGGGAGUUGGUCCUAAGAGUCAGAAACAGUCUCCUGAGAACCCAGAAAAGUAUUCUUGCUUUGCUUUAUUUUCAAAAUUUGGUAAAGAGGUAUCAGUUAAAAUGAAGCAAUACAAAGAUGAACUUUUGGCCUCCUGUUUGACCUUCAUUCUAUCCCUGCCACAUGACAUCAUCGAACUUGAUGUUAGAGCCUACGUUCCCGCAUUGCAGAUGGCUUUUAAACUGGGCCUGAGCUACCCCCCCCUGGCAGAAGCAGGCCUGCGUGCCCUAGAAGAAUGGUCGGCUUACAUCAGUAAACAAGUGAUUCAGCCCUAUUAUAAGGACAUUCUCCCUAGUCUGGAUGGGUAUUUGAAAACUUCAGCCUUACCAGGUGAGAACAAGAAUAACUGGGAAGUGUCAGCACUUUCUCGGGCUGCCCAGAAAGGAUUUAAUAAAGUUGUGUUGAAGCAUCUGAAAAACACAAAGAACAUCUUAUCAAAUGAAGCACUGUCCUUAGAAGAAAUAAGGAUCAGAGUAGUACAGAUGCUUGGCACUCUAGGAGGACAAGUAAGCAAAAAUCUUGUAACAGCUGCAUCCUCAGAUGAAAUGAUGAAGAAAUAUGUAGCAUGGGAUAGAGAAAAAAGACUCAGUUUUCCAGUACCAUUUAUGGAUAUGAAGCCUGUCAUUUACCUGGAUAUAUUUUUGCCUCGGGUCACGGAACUAGCUGUUUCAGCCAGUGACAGACAAACUAAAGUUGCAGCUUGUGAACUUUUACAUAGCAUGGUUAUGUUUAUGUUGGGCAAAGCCACUCAAAUACCUGAAGGUGGUCAGGGUUUCCCACCUCUGUACCAACUCUAUAAGCGAACUUUCCCUGUGCUUCUUCGACUUGCAUGUGAUGUAGAUCAGGUGACAAGGCAACUGUAUGAGCCACUAGUUAUGCAACUGAUUCACUGGUUCACUAACAAUAAGAAAUUUGAAAGCCAGGAUACUGUUGCCUUAUUAGAAACAAUAUUGGAUGGAAUCGUGGACCCCAUUGACAGUACUUUGAGAGACUUUUGUGGUCGGUGUAUUCGAGAAUUCCUCAGAUGGUCCAUUAAACAGACAACACCACAGCAGCAAGAGAAAAGUUCAGUAAAUACCAAAUCACUUUUCAAGCGACUGUACAGCUUUGCACUUCACCCCAGUGCUUUCAAGAGGCUAGGAGCAUCACUUGCUUUUAAUAAUAUCUACAAGGAAUUCAGGGAAGAAGAGUCUCUGGUAGAGCAGUUCGUGUUUGAAUCUUUGGUUACAUAUAUGGAAAGUCUGGCCUUAGCACAUGCAGAUGAAAAAUCCUUAGGUACAAUUCAACAGUGUCAUGAUGCCAUUGAUCACCUAUGUCGUAUCAUUGAAAAGAAGUACGUUUCCUUAAACGAAGCAAAAAAACGACGUUGCCCACGAGGAUUUCCACCUGCGGCAUCAUUGUGUUUACUGGAUGUGGUCCACUGGCUUUUAGCCAAUUGCGGGAGGCCCCAGACAGAAUGUCGACACAAAGCCAUAGAACUGUUUUAUGACUUUGUUCCUCUAUUGCCAGGCACCCCAUCUCCUUCUUUAUGGCUGAAAGACAUUAUCAAGAAAAAAGAUGCUUCCUUUCUCAUAAACACAUUUGAGGGGGGAGGAGGCUGCGGUCAGCAGUCAGGCAUCCUCGCACAGCCAACCCUCUUCCAUGUGCAAGGGCCUUUCAGCCUCAGAGCGGCCCUGCAGUGGAUGGACAUGCUGCUGGCGGCGCUGGAGUGCUACAACACCUUCAUUGAAGAGAGGACCUUGGAGGCAUCUGAGGUCCUGGGUACUGAAACACAGUCUUCGCUUUGGAAAGCAGUAGCUUUCUUUUUAGAAAGCAUUGCUAUGCAUGAUGCUAUGGCAGCUAUGAAGUGCUUUGGCCCUGGGAUAACAGAAAACAGACUCAGCCCACAAGAGGAAGAACGAUAUAAUUACAGCAAGUGCACAAUUGUCGUUCGGAUUAUGGAAUUUACUACAACACUGCUCAGAAUCUACCCAGGAGGCUGGAAGCUUCUUGAAAAGUAUUUAUGUAACACAAACCUUAUGAAACUCUUGGUGAAAACCUUAUGUGAGCCCUCAAGCAUAGGUUUCAAUAUCAGUGAUGUCCACAUUAUGAAUCACCUUCCUGAUGUUUGUGUGAACCUGAUGAAAGCACUCAAGAACUCUCCAUACAAAGACAUUCUAGAGAGGAGCCUCAAGGAAAAAAUAACAGCACAGAGCUUUGAGGAGCUCUGUGGCAUUGACCUGUAUGGCCCCGAUGCUUACGUGGACAGGGCCAAGUUGUCCUCUUUCGUGUCAACUUGUAAACAUCUUUAUCGAGCUGGGGUUUUGCAUGAUGUCUUGCCAUCUCAGUCUGUAGAUCAGCAUCAUUAUAUUGGCACAAAGCUUCUUUCCCUGGUUUAUAAAAGCAUCGCUCCUGGACACGAACGACAGUGCCUCCCUUCACUUGACCCCAGUUGUAAGCGACUGGCCAGUAGACUUCUGGAGUUGGCCUUUGCUUUUGGAGGAUUGUGUGAGUGCCUGGUGAGGCUUCUCCUGGACACAGCAGAGCUGUCCAUGCCAGCCUCAGGAGGGUCCCAGAGGAACAUCGUCAGCUUCUACCACGGAGAGUAUUUCUACAGCUUGUUCUCAGACACAGUCAACACUGAAUUGUUGAAAAAUCUAGAUGUUGCUGUACUGGAGCUUAUGAAAUCAUCUGUGGAUAAUCCCAAAAUGGUGAGCACUGUUUUGAAUGGAAUGUUAGAUCGGAGCUUCAGGGAACGGGCCAGUCGGAAAGACCAAGCAUUGAAACUUGUGACUGUUAUUCUGCAAAACUGGAAGAAGUGUGAUUUGUGGUGGGCCAAGGAUUCUGCUCCUGACAGUAAAAUGGCCGUGCUGACCUUACUGGCAAAAAUCCUGCAGAUUGAUUCAUCUAUGUCUUUUAAUAUAAGUCACAGCGUGUUCCCUGAAGUCUUUACAACAUAUACUAGUAUACUUGCUGAUUCAAAGUUGGGUCUACAUUUAAAGGGUCAAGCUAUAAUUCUUCUUCCAUUCUUCACCAAUCUGACUGGAGGCAGUCUUGAGGACCUUAAGCAUGUUCUUGAAAAGAUCAUCAUUUCUAAUUUCCCUAUGAAGUCUGAAGAAUUUGCCCCAGGAACUCUGCAGUACAAUAAUUAUGUGGACUUCAUGAAAAAGUUUUUAGAUGCAUUGGAAUUAUCUCAAAGUCCUACAUUGUUGCAGUUGAUGACAGAAAUUCUUUGUCGAGAACAACGGCACAUUAUGGAAGACUUAUUUCAAUCCACUUUCAAAAAGAUUGCGAGAAAGAGUUCAUUUGCCACACAAUCCAGCCUUCUGGAAAGUGUAUACCAAAUGUUCAAGAAGGAGAACCUACUUUCAAGUAACACUCGCCAAGCAUAUGUAGACCGUUCUCUUCUCACUCUACUAUGGCACUGUAGCCUGGAUGCUUUGAGUGAAUUUAUUUGCAAAAUUGUGGUGGAAGCCAUUGAUGUUUUGAAGUCCAGAUUUAUAAAGCUAAAUGAAUCUGCCUUUGAUACUCAAAUCACCAAGAAGAUGUGCUAUUAUAAAAUAUUUGAGGUGAUGUAUUCUCGUCUUCCAAAAGAUGAUGUUCACUCUAAGGAAUCCAAAAUUAAUGAAGUUUUUUAUGGCUUUCAUAAUACAGAAGGGAAUGAACUUACAAAGACACUGCUUAAAUUGUGCUAUGAUGCAUUUGUAGAGAACAUGGCUGGUGAGACUCAGUUGCUGGAGAGGAGAAGACUGUACCAUUGUGCUGCCUACAACUGUGCCAUUUCUCUUAUCUGCUGUAUCUUUAAGGAAUUAAAAUUUUAUCAAGGUUUUCUGUUUAGUGAAAAACCAGAAAAGAACUUGCUUAUCUUUGAAAAUCUGAUAGACCUGAACCGCAGCUAUACAUUUCCCGUGGAAGUGGAGGUUCCCAUGGAAAGAAAGAAAAAGUACAUUGAAAUUAGGAAAGAAGCCAGGGAAGCAGACAACGGGGAUUCAGGUGGUCCUCAGUACAUAUCUUCCUUGUCAUAUUUGGCGAACAGUACUCUGAGUGAGGAAAUGAGUCAAUUUGACUUCUCAACUGGAGUUCAGAGCUACACAUACAGCUCCCAAGACCCUAAAUCUACCAUUGGUCAUUUUCGAAGACAGGAGCAUAAAGACCCCACGAUCCAAGAUGAUAUCCUGGAGUUAGAGAUGGAUGAACUCAAUCAGCACGAAUGCAUGGCAGCCAUGACAGCCAUGAUUAAGCACAUGCAGAAAAAUCAGAUCCUACCUAAAGUAGAAGAGGGUUCAGUGCCAACACUUCUUCCUUGGAUGAAAUUUCUUCAUGACAAACUAGGAAAUCCAUCGUUAUCAUUGAAUAUUCGUCUCUUCUUAGCUAAGCUUAUUAUUAAUUCAGAAGAAGUCUUUCGCCCGUAUGCGAAGUACUGGCUUAGCCCCUUGAUGCAGCUGGUUGUUUCUGAAAAUAAUGGAGGAGAAGGAAUUCACUAUAUGGUGGUUGAAAUAGUGGUUACAGUUCUUUCAUGGACAGGAAUAGCUACUCCUAUAGGGGUUCCCAGAGAUGAAGUGUUAGCCAAUCGGUUGCUUAAUUUCCUAAUGACACAUGUUUUUCAUCAAAAACGAGCCGUGUUUAGUCACAACCUUGAAAUUAUAAAAACUCUUGUUGAAUGCUGGAAGGAUUGUUUAUCCAUUCCUUACAGGUUAAUAUUUGAAAAGUUUUCCAGGAAAGAUCCUAAUUCUAAAGACAAUUCAGUAGGAAUUCAAUUAUUAGGCAUUGUAAUGGCCAAUAACUUCCCUCCCUAUGACCCAAAAUGUGGCAUAGAGAGUACAAAAUACUUCCAAGCUUUGGUCAAUAAUAUGUCCUUUGUAAAAUAUAAAGAGGUGUAUGCAGCUGCAGCAGAAGUUCUGGGACUUGUUCUCCAAUAUAUUACUGAGAGAAAAGAUAUACUGGAGGAGUCUGUGUGUGAAUUGAUUGUAAAGCAGCUGAAGCAGCAUCAGAAUACAAUGGAGGACAAAUUUAUUGUGUGCUUGAACAAAGCUGUGAAAAACUUCCCUCCACUGGCCGAUAGGUUCAUGAGCACCGUGUUCUUCUUGCUGCCAAAAUUUCAUGGAGUGAUGAAGACUCUCUGUCUGGAAGUGGUGCUCUGUCGCUCAGAGGCAAUAACAGAUCUGUACUUACAGCUGAAGAGCAAGGAUUUCAUUCAAGUCAUGAGACACAGAGAUGACGAAAGGCAAAAAGUGUGUUUAGACAUAAUUUAUAAGAUGAUGGCAAAAUUGAAGCCAGUUGAACUUCAAGAACUUCUGAAUCCUGUUGUAGAAUUCAUUUCUCAUCCUUCUCCGGUGUGUAGGGAACAAAUGUAUAAUAUUCUCAUGUGGAUUCAUGAUAAUUAUCGAGAUCCAGAAAGCCAAGCAGAUGAUGACUCCCGGGAAAUAUUUAAGUUGGCAAAAGAUGUAUUGAUUCAGGGAUUAAUCGAUGAGAACCUCGGGCUUCAAUUAAUUAUUCGAAAUUUCUGGAGCCAUGAAACUAGGUUACCUUCAAAUACCUUGGACCGGUUGUUGGCAUUAAAUUCUUUAUAUACUCCUAAGAUAGAGACACACUUUUUAAGUUUAGCAACAGAUUUUCUCCUUGAAAUGACCAGCAUGAGCCCAGACUACCUAAACCCUAUGUUUGAGCAUCCUCUGUCGGAAUGCAAAUUUCAGGAAUACACCAUUGAUUCUGACUGGCGUUUUCGAAGUACUGUCCUCACGCCUAUGUUCAUCGAGACUCAGACUUCUCAGAGUGCUCUCCAGACGCAGGAAGGAUCCCUCUCUGGUCAAGGGGCUGUGGCCCGGCAGAUACGGGCCACGCAACAGCAGUCUGAUUUCACACCAACACAGAGCACAGAUGGAAGAAGCUCCUUUAACUGGCUGACUGGAAGCAGUAUUGACCCGCUGAUGGAUUAUACAGUUUCUUCAUCAUCUGAUUCCUUGUCUUCCUCCUUACUGUUUGCUCACAAGAGGAGUGAGAAAUUAAAGACCGCACCCUCAAAGUCAGUGGGACCUGAUUUUGGGAAAAAAAGGCUGGCCCUCCCAGGGGACAUGGUGGAUAACAAAGCAAAAGGCACAGACAGUCGGGUAGAUAUAUUAAGAUUACGCAGACGAUUCUUAAAGGACCAAGAAAAGAUCAGUUUGAUUUAUGCGAAAAAAGGUAUUGCUGAGCAAAAACGAAAGAAGGAGAUCAAGAGUGAGUUCAAAAUGAAGCACGAUGCCCAGGUCGUUUUGUACAGAAGUUACCGUCAAGGAGACCUUCCCGACAUCCAGAUUAAACACAGCAGCCUGAUCACCCCCUUGCAGGCUGUGGCCCAGAGAGACCCAAUAAUUGCAAAGCAACUUUUUGGUAGCUUGUUUUCUGCGAUUAUAAAAGAAAUGGAUAAAUACAAGACCACAUCUGAGAAAAACAACAUUACCCAAAAGUUGCUCCAGGACUUCAAUCAUUUUCUCACCACCACGUACUCUUUCUUUCCACCUUUCGUCGCCUGUAUCCAGGAAAUCAGUUGCCAACACACGGACUUGCUGAGCCUUGACCCAGCUUCUGUCGGUGCUGGCUGCCUGGCCAGCCUUCAGCAGCCUGUGGGCAUCCGCCUGCUGGAAGAGGCCUUGCUCCACUUGGCACCUGAAGAGCCAGCACCGAAGCGGGUCCGAGGGAGGCCCCGCCUCCCCCCUGAUGUUCUCCGAUGGAUGGAACUUGCUAAACUGUAUAGAUCAAUUGGAGAAUAUGAUGUCCUUCGUGGCAUUUUUAGCAGUGAGAUCGGAACAAAGCAAAUCACGCAGAAUGCAUUAUUAGAAGAAGCCAGAAGUGAUUAUUCUGCAGCUGCUAAGCAGUAUAAUGAGGCUCUCAAUAAACAAGAGUGGGAGGAUGGUGAGCCCACAGAAGCUGAGAAGGAUUUUUGGGAACUUGCAUCCCUUGAUUGUUAUAACCAACUUGCUGAGUGGAAAUCAUUGGCAUAUUGUUCUAUAGUCAGUGUUGACAGUGAGAGCCCUCCAGAUCUAAAUAAAAUGUGGAGUGACCCAUUUUAUCAGGAGACCUAUCUACCUUACAUGAUCCGCAGCAAGCUGAAGUUACUGCUUCAAGGAGAGAAUGACCAGUCUCUGCUGACAUUUAUCGAUGAGGCUGUAAAUAAGGAGCUCCAAAAGUCCAUUAUAGAGCUUAAUUAUAGUCAGGAAUUGAGUCUUCUUUAUAUCUUACAAAAUGAUAUUGACAGAGCCAAGUAUUAUAUUGAAAAAUGCAUUCAAAUUUUUAUACAGAGCUAUUCUAGUAUUGAUGUGCUUUUACACAGAAGUAGACUUACCAAAUUGCAGUCUGUACAAACUUUAAUUGAAAUUCAGGAAUUCAUCAACUUUAUAAGCAAACAAGGUAAUUUGUCAUCUCCAGUUCCCCUUAAGAGACUUCUGAAAACCUGGACAAACAGAUACCCAGAUGCUAAGAUGGACCCAAUGAACAUCUGGGAUGACAUCAUCACAAAUCGAUGUUUCUUUCUCAGCAAAAUAGAGGAGAAACUUACUCUUCCAGAUGAUCACAGUAUGGACGUGGAUGGGGAUGCUGAUUCCAGUGACAGGAUGGAGGGUCGGGAGCAGGAAGAAGACAUUUGCUCUCUGGUUAGGAGCUGUAAGUUUUCUAUGAAAAUGAAGAUGAUAGAGAGUGCAAGAAAGCAGAACAAUUUCUCGCUUGCCUUGAAGCUAUUGAAGGACCUGCAUAAAGAAUCAAAAACAAGAGAUGAGUGGCUGGUGAGAUGGGUGCAUAGCUACUGUCGGCUCAGACACAGCCAGAGCCAGACCCAGAAUCGUCCUGAGCAGAUUCUUUCUGUGUUGAAAACAGUCUCUUUGUUGGGUGAGAACACAUCAAGCUACUUACGCAAAAAUAUUUUGGCUUUCCGUGACCAUAAUGUUCUCUUGGGUACAACUUACCGGAUCAUAGCUAAUGCUCUCAGCAGUGAGCCUAGCUGCCUUGGUUAUAUUGAGGAAAGCAAGGCUAGAAGAAUCUUGGAACUUUCUGGAUCCACUUCAGAGAAUAUAGAAAAGGUGGUCACAGCGCUGCACCAGAGAGCGUUUCAUCACCUUUCCGAGGCCACAAGGACAGCUGAGGAGGAAAACCCUUCCGGCCAGAGCCCGCAGCCCGCAGCUGGCGUCAUAGAUGCUUACAUGGCGCUGGUGGAUUUCUGUGACCAGCGGCUCCGGGAGGAGGAAGAGACUGCCUCAGUUACUGAGUCCGCAGAACUGCAGACAUAUCCUGCCCUGGUGGUGGACAAAAUGCUGAAAGCUUUAAAGUUACAUUCCAACGAGGCCAGGCUGAAGUUCCCCAGGCUGCUGCAGAUUGUCGAGCAGCACCCCGAGGAGACGCUGAGCCUGAUGGCAAAAGAGAUUUCUUCCAUUCCUUGCUGGCAGUUCAUUGGCUGGAUCAGCCACAUGCUGGCCUUGCUGGACAAGGAGGAGGCCGUAGCCAUCCAGCACACCGUGGAGGAGAUCGCCGAUCACUACCCCCAGGCCAUCGUCUACCCGUUCAUAAUAAGCAGUGAAAGCUAUUCCUUCAGAGACACUUCUACUGGCCAUAGGAAUAAGGAGUUUGUGGCAAGGAUUAAAAGUAAGUUGGAUCAAGGAGGAGUGAUUCAAGAUUUUAUUAAUGCACUAGAACAACUCUCUAAUCCAGAAAUGAUCUUUAAGGACUGGACUGAUGAUAUCAAAGUGGAAUUAACAAAAAGCCCCGUAAAUAAAAAAAACAUUGAAAAGAUGUACGAAAGGAUGUAUGCGGCCUUGGGAGACUCAAAGGCUCCAGGCCUCGGCGCUUUCAGGAGGAAGUUUAUUCAGGCUUUUGGAAGAGAAUUUGAUAAGCACUUUGGGAGAGGAGGCUCUAAGCUCCCGGAAAUGAAGCCUCAUGACUUCAGUGACAUCACCAACGCUCUGCUUUCAAAGAUGCGCGACGACUCCAAGCCCCCUGGGAACCUGAAAGAGUGCUCACCCUGGAUGAGUGACUUCAGAGCCGAGUUCCUCCGAAACGAGCUGGAGAUUCCUGGUCAGUAUGAUGGCAAAGGAAAGCCGAUGCCGGAAUACCACGCACGGAUCGCAGGGUUUGAUGAGCGGGUGAAAACAAUGGCUUCUAUCAGAAAACCAAAGCGCAUCAUCAUCCGAGGCCACGACGAGCGGGACUACCCUUUCCUGGUGAAGGGCGGCGAGGACCUGCGGCAGGACCAGCGCGUCGAGCAGCUGUUUGAGGUCAUGAACGUCAUCCUCUCCCGAGACGCUGCCUGCAGCCAGAGGAACAUGCAGCUGCAGACGUACCACGUCAUACCCAUGACCUCCAGAUUAGGAUUGAUUGAAUGGAUUGAAAAUACUUUUACCUUAAAGGAACUUCUUUUGAGUAGCAUGUCACCAGAGGAGAAAGCAGCUUAUACAAGUGACCCCCGAGGCCCGCCGUGCGAGUACAGGGACUGGCUGGCCAAGACGUCCGGGCGGCGGGGGCCGGGCGCGUACGUGCUCAUGUACAAGAGAGCCAGUCAUACUGAGACAGUCACAUCUUUCAGAAAAAGAGAAAGUAAAGUGCCAGCUGAUCUUUUGAAGCGCGCCUUUCUGAAGAUGAGCACCGGCCCGGAGGCCUUCCUGGCGCUCCGCUCCCACUUUGCCAGCUCUCACGCCCUGGUGUGCAUCAGCCACUGGAUUCUGGGCAUUGGAGACAGACAUCUGAACAAUUUCAUGGUGAACAUGGAGACAGGCGGCAUGGUCGGGAUUGACUUUGGACAUGCCUUUGGAUCCGCUACGCAGUUUCUGCCAGUCCCUGAGCUGAUGCCUUUUCGCCUGACUCGCCAGUUCACCAAUCUGAUGUUGCCCAUGAGAGAAACAGGAGCCAUGUACAGCGUCAUGGUGCACGCCCUGAGAGCCUUCCGCGCGCACCCCGCCCUGCUCACCACCACCAUGGACGUGUUUGUCAAGGAGCCUUCCUUCGACUGGAAGAAUUUUGAACAGAAAAUGCUGAAAAAAAAAGGAUCGUGGAUUCAAGAAAUAAAUGUAACAGAAAAAAAUUGGUAUCCCCGGCAGAAAAUAAAUUAUGCGAAGAGAAAGUUAACAGGUGCCAAUCCAGCAGUUAUUACUUGCGAUGAGUUACGUCUGGGCCAUGAGAAGGAACCGGCCUUUGAUGACUUUGUGGCUGUCGCACGAGGAAACAAGGACCACAACGUUCGUGCCCGAGAACCAGAGAGUGGGCUUUCGGAAGAGGCGCAGGCGAAGUGCUUGAUUGACCAGGCGACAGACCCCAACAUCCUUGGCCGAACGUGGGAAGGCUGGGAGCCCUGGAUGUGA